AUGCCUUUUGUCACAGUGUGGCAGGCAUCAUUUAUUGUUAGUGAAAUAGCGAAACGCGUUUUAGAAAAACAUGAUAUGGAAGAUUAUCCUUCAAGCGACGGGGUAGAGAAGAAUGUUUCACCAAAUAAAGAAGUGCAACCCAAAGGGAAAGGUCCGACGAUGAAGAGUUAUGACAAGGAACCAGUUCAAGGGCGGAUGCGAUCAUGUGGUCCUCCGCAAAUACUUGGGGUGGAGACACCUCCUUGGAGCCAUCCCCUGCCUAGCCAUCUCCCGCCGAUGUUCCAUCCCAGCCCAUCAGGGAGACACUUUAGGAUGGAAACACCAAGGGUGCGGUCUCCUGCCUCCAACACCCGGUCAACUUACCCUCCGAUAAAUGUUCUGCCAGAUGCUACAUGGACAAAUACCGACAGGGACCAAAGAAAUGUUGUACCUACGAUACCAAUUCCAAAUGUUUAUAAUCCCAUGAUGGCGCUUAGGGCAUGGUAUCUUGCCUCCAGUAACUGGCCAGCACCCUUACCGAUGAACAUGAGGCCAAUGAACACAAUGUCGAUGAUUAUGAUGCCGAUGAACAUGAUGUCUCCAUAUCCUGGUUAUUCUUUGGGGCCGUCAUUAGGAGUAGCACCAUGCCAACGGCCUCUUGUCCUCAACAACUGGCAGACUCCCACACCAAUUAACAUUGUACCCAACAUAUGGCCAACUACCAACAUGGGUCACAUGGACCAAGCAAACGGUGUACUUGUGGUGCAGAAUCCAAGUGCUGGCAAUCUUUUGAGGUCUAUGCCAGGAGUUGCGCCACGACCUCUGCCCUCUACUUCCAAUACCUGGCUAUCUCCUUCACCAAUGAACGUUGUACCCAACACAUGUCCAAAUGCCAUCAUGGAUUACACGGGCCAAGCAAACGGUAUACCUACAUUGCAGAAUCCUAAUGCUGGCAAUGUUAUGGGGCCUAUGUCAGGAAUGGCGCAUUGGCUACCUCCCUCUGUUUCCAACACCUGGCUAACUCCUUUAUCAAUGAACACUGUACCCAACACAUGGCCAAAUACCGAGAUUUGUUACACGGGUCAACGAAACUGUGUACCUGCGGCACAGAAUGCACACCCUAGUAGUGCCAUAGGACCCCACGUACCAGUCUCGGUACAAGUUCAGCAUUUAUUGCCAUACCCGACAGAGGCAGGGAGCGACAGCAUUAGGUCAGCGUCUGUUGCCAUUUGUGUUGCCAGCUCAUGCUUGUUCAAAAUGGAGGAUGUAGAGAUGUAUUCUGACCAUUUGCUUUUUAACAAGCGUCAACUAGGACCGAUUGGCCAAUACACAGUGACUACACCAUAUGUAAUUGCACUGGUGGUUGCUAAAUUUCUUCAUACAUUUGGUUUAUUUGUGACAUAUGAGCAGCUGAAAGUCAUUCAUGUUGUUCAAUUCUUAUUUGUUGUUAGGCUUUGCACUACUGUUGUCCUCGUUAUAUUACAAAGACCUGUGUCAUCAGGAAAAAAAAUUACUUCCAAUCAGUGGUACAAGAUUGGUAAACAUGCUUUAGUAUCAACUAUAAUAGGUCUGAUAUGGCUCGAAGGACUUACCCUUUGUGGUGCUUUAAGAACUGUUUUACUCUAUGAACAUAGUGAUGCUGUGGUAUUGGCAGCAUUAGGAGUUCUUUUUCAUUCUGGUGGUACUGGCCCAUCAAAGGUCAGAGGAUCAUUACUGUUUUUAUUAGGAAUUUUGUGUCUUCUACUGUUUGAUAACGAUUCUCCAAGUUUGAGCCAUCCGGAGGGUCAUCACAAAAGCCAGUGGAUUCAUUGGUACUAUCAAGUCUUGUCUUGGCUAGGUUUACCAGAUCACAAGGGUGGCCUGAUUCUUUUAGUUCUUGUUCUUUUGUUUAAAAUUGCUCACAAGAAUGUUUCAAGAACUUUAGCAGUUGAGAUUGGAGGUGCCAAAAGACUAGCUGCUCUUUCAAGUUGUGUUUCAACUGUGCUUCUUCUUCCUUUGGCUCUGUUAUCAAAUUUUACUCAAACAACAGAUGUUGACUGGCUUGAAGCAAUAAUUCCUCUGGCUGUGGUCAUUUUUGUUGUAUUCAUUUUUGACUUCUACAUUGAGUCUUUCUGUGUGGCAAAACUGGAGUCACUUAGGACGGGAAAGAUAGGCUCCAUAGCUUCAUUCUUAUCAGCUGUGAUCAUAGCAUUGUUGUGGGAUAAGCCAUGGGUGUGGAGCAUGCAUGAAUGGCACCACGGCAAACAAUCUGAACCACAUCUAGUAUCAGCUGGAACACUUUUUGCUGCUUUCUUCUUUGUGCUGGCUACAAGGUUAUUGUCAAGGCCAUCUCCUCGUAUGACUAAAGGAAAUCUGAUUGGUUACACAACUGGUGGCUUGCCAAUCUAUAACUUCCAAACACCACAGUCAGUACUGACGACAGUGCAAAGUCUUUUGAGACAAAUUGUGGAGCAGUCAGAAUCUAGGCAGAUAUUUUACUUCCUUUGUCUCAAUCUGCUGUUCACAGGAAUAGAGCUGUUGUAUGGUGCCUGGACCAACAGCCUUGGUCUGAUAUCAGAUGGUUUCCAUAUGCUGUUUGACUGCACUGCUCUUGUUAUUGGACUAUGUGCAGCUCUCAUGGCUAGGUGGAAAGCUUCUAGGACAUUUUCCUAUGGUUAUGGCCGUGUAGAGAUUUUAUCAGGCUUUGUCAAUGGUAUUUUCUUGGUGGUAAUCUCCUUCUUUGUUUUCAUUGCUGCAAUUCAGCGUCUGUUUGAUCCUCCAACAGUCAGCACUGAAAGAUUAUUAGUUGUUUCUGUUGGAGGACUUGUGGUAAAUUUGGUUGGUAUAUUUGCGUUCAGACAUGCGCACUCACAUGGUAGCAGUUCACACGGUCACAGUCACCAUGGCCAUGGUGGCCAUGGUAGCCAUGGGCACAGUCAUGGACACCAUGGUCACAGUCAUGGACACGGGCACGCCCAUGAUGAACAUCAUGAUCGUAGUGUAAACAUGCAAGGUGUAUUUCUUCACGUUGUCGCUGAUACCAUGGGAAGUGUAGGAGUCAUAGUGUCCUCUGUGCUCAUUGAACAAUUUGGAUUCUUUAUUGCUGAUCCUCUUUGUUCGUUAUUCAUCGCAGUUUUGAUUUUCCUCAGUGUCCUUCCUCUCCUACAGGAGUCCUCACAAGUGUUAUUAUUAAGAACACCAGGAGACUUGGACAAAACUCUAGGCAGUGCUUUUAAUAAGAUUUUAUCACUGGACGGUGUUUUGUCGUACCGUGAUCCUCAUUUCUGGAGACACUCAUCUGAUUCCAUAGUUGGCGUCAUUCAUGUACAAGUAGCUCCGUCAGCAAACGAACAGAGGAUUAUUCAGCAGGUCAGCGCGCUUUUCAAAGAAUACGGUAUCAAUAAAUUUAGUGUUCAAGUGGAAAAAGAAGCUUUCUUCCAUCAUAUGUCGGCCUUGUCUGCUGGAUACAAAUCUGUGUUAGCCCUGAAGCAGGGUGCUGAUAUGGGAUUGUCCUCCUCUGGUGGAGAAUUUGACUACGGUGUGAUAAAAGCCGUUUGACGAAUGAUGUAAUUUAUAGUU